AUGAACUUAUACAAAAUACCAUACAUUGUAGGAGUUGAUUGGAAAUCUCUUACAAUACCGGCAUGUUUGCCCAUAACUACGGAUUAUUUUCCUGACAAACGUUCGCUGCACAAUGAUUAUGUUAUAUCCGAUUAUACACUCCUGCCGGACGAUGUAAAUUUGGAUUAUGCCAAAAGUCGUGCCAUCUAUCGAAAACCGUUGACAACUGAGGAGGUUUGUACUGAAAUUGUUUCGCAACGUUUGGCUCAGGGCUUCCAGCUGAUUGUUAUCGAAGAGAAGCCUAAUGCUCCAGCUCAGGCGCCCUGUUGUGGUGGUUUGAAACAACAGAAGCCAACAUCCGUGUUGCAUAUGAAACCCGACAAUGAAGAGACCAAAGAAUAUUUAUUAUCAAUAGGUCGUAUAUUUCAUAAAAUAACAUUAAAUGGAUCGGUAAUAACGGUGACUGGUUAUAGGCCAAGACAUCCAUACCCACCAAUAAAUGUCGAUUACCGUUAUCGAUUUCAUGCUCCUCAACAUGAAACCUAUGAAAUAUCUGGAGUUAAUUUUACCACGGAGAAGUUGGAAAAUUUCAAUUGGAAUUAUAUGGAUCAUUAUAUAUGUACUCGAGGAGAUACGGAUUAUCCAUUAAUGGAGAGCUUAAAAUAUUGGCGUUUCCGUAUGUAUUUGUUGCCGAAGGAAAAUAAAGCUAUGAAUAAAAUUAUGGAACAGGGAUGCCAGUACUGUGAUGUAUUUACCGAACCGACACCGGAAAGUGCCAAACAGCAAGUUGAGGAUUUUAUGCGUUUUAUGGAAGUUCACAUUAACAAACUGAAACGGCGUAAAGCACGCGAUAGUCCUACCGCACAAAGUCAUCUAACAAGACGGCGCCACAGUACCAGCAUAAUUUCCAGACCUCCGCCUAAUCAGGGUCUCACUAAUUCUCCCUUUCGUGAAAGAGUUGGCAGUAAUCGUUUACCGGAAAAACGACCAAGUAGUAUACGUUCAACUGUGGUUAAACCGGAGCGUGUAGGUGGUCGUAUUAUCCAUCCCGCCGCCGAUGCAGCAGCUGUUGCCUUAAACGCUUCGGAUUCCAAUGCCCCACAUGAUGAUUAUGACGAAAAUCCCGAUUAUAGUUCGACAACGGAAAUAAAAUUACGUCCCAAUGCCACACUAAAUGAAAUAUUCGAGGCAAUGAAACAUCCGAUACAUGGCGUUGCCUUUAUAUCGCAAACACAAAGCCUGCCCUCAUACACAUUUGUAUCAUUCGAUGCCCUGAUGUGGCUGAAAAACAAUUUGGACAAUAGUCGAAAUCCCUUGGACAUAUUGGAGAAUAUGAGAAAGGAAAAAAUGAUAUGUCAUGCAUCGGGGGAUUUCAAUAAACCAGUUAUACCGGGUUUCUAUUUAUAUUUUAUAGCUCAACAGGAUAAAAAUGCCAAAGAUUAUGCUAAGCCUCUCAACGAUUUAAGUGCUUUUGAAAAUGAAUGGAUGGAAAUUGAGCUGGCAGGCUGCAGUCAUUUAUGGACAGAUGAAACAAUACUGCCUCGCAUACCGAAUUUCCUCAAGGAUAUUCCUUCGCCUCAAUCAUGGACAGAAACGUCUAAAAAUAGUAAGUUA